CAUGGCUUCUCCGAUCUCCUCCAAUGUCCGAGUUUUUGCCUCCGCGACUGCCGAAGCCACACACCGCUUGGCCUGUUGGUACCUGUCUGCUGCCCCCGGAGUCAUUAGAUGCAUCAGCCAAAAGAACCCAAUAGGACUCCUUUAUCAGCUUGACGGCAUGCCUCACCGCCACGACAGGCACUGACCACAUUGCGGCCACAGAUCAGAUCAGCCGCAUCGACAAUAGAACAUGGUCCACUCAGACUCAAUGUCCAACACCUCCCUUGUGACAUUUUCAAAGUUCUUCCAGAGUUGGAAAUUGAAACUCUCUCUGACGGUAGUUCCCAGCAGACCUUCACAAUGUGUUGGGCCUGCCAGGUCUGACCGGCAUCCUCCUCCCACCAACAGAGCCAACUCACCACCAGCACCUCCACUGGCAGCGCACCAAGACACGCCCCUGCUCGCGCUGAGCGCAGCACGCCCACGCAGCGACAAGGCUGCAGGCAAUCAGGAAUCUGCGCACCUGGGACUAAUGAGAGGGAGCGGCAUAAAGACCAGCGGACCCGAGGAACCUUUGCCAGAACGUAGCCUAUCUUCACAUAUCUUUCCCGUCUCCUGUGAUCGAGAUGAGGAGAGUGUGAGCGAGUGCUGCAUGGUAUGUUCUCUAGGAGGAUGUGUGACGUCAGGACAAGGUCUUCCAGUGGCAGAGGACAGGGCAUCCAGGAGAUGUGAGCAUGCAGGUCUUUUCUGCGGAGUGGUUGCUCAGAUGACAGUCAGACCCUUUUCCAUCCUCUUCAUCAUCCUCAUCAUCAUGGCCCCUUGUGGACAAAACACUCUUCAAGAGGCUGAGGAACAUGUCCAGAGUGGGGAGGACUUCCUGUAG